AUCCGCUAAGGAAGAGCCAAGAACCUCUCCCCAUUCCCAACCGAUCAUCUUUUUUUCUUUCUUUUUAUCGUAUCCUUCUUCUUCUUCUAUUCCCCUCUUCCCUAUAUUCUCUCUUUACACUUCCAAGUCCUGUCAUCUUCCCCCCUGCUUCCUUCUUCAUAGGAAAGAUCUAGUGAAAGAUGGCACAGAUUUUGGCUCCUUCUGUUCAAUGUCAACUGAAAAGUUCCAGGAAUCCCACAACUGCGACUCCAUUAACAUCCAAGAUGUGGAAUUCAUUAAUGGUGAAGCAGAACAAGAGAGGUGGAACCGCUGUCAAGACAUCUGCCAAGUUUAGAGUUGUUGCUCUAAACAGUACUGUCAAUAGGGUUGAAGAUCUGCUCAACUUGGACACUAAACAAUUCACUGACAAAAUCAUUGCAGAGUACAUUUGGAUUGGUGGGUCUGGAAUCGAUUUGCGUAGUAAAUCGAGGACCAUUUCUAAACCAGUUGAACAUCCAUCAGAGCUUCCAAAAUGGAACUAUGAUGGUUCGAGUACUGGCCAAGCACCUGGUGAAGAUAGUGAAGUGAUUCUAUACCCCCAAGCAAUUUUCAAGGACCCGUUUCGUGGUGGAAACAAUAUUCUAGUGAUUUGCGAUACUUACACACCACAAGGGGAACCAAUUCCGACAAACAAACGCCAUAGGGCUGCUCAGAUCUUCGGUAACCAGAAGGUUAUUGAUGAAGUUCCAUGGUAUGGUAUUGAACAAGAAUACACUUUACUUCAGCCUGAUGUGAACUGGCCCUUGGGAUGGCCAGUUGGAGCUUAUCCUGGUCCUCAGGGACCAUAUUAUUGUGGUGCUGGUGCGGAGAAGUCAUUUGGGCGCGACAUAUCGGAUGCUCAUUACAAGGCUUGUUUGUAUGCUGGAAUUAAUAUCAGUGGCACAAAUGGUGAAGUCAUGCCCGGCCAGUGGGAAUUCCAAGUUGGUCCUAGCGUGGGAAUUGAAGCGGGAGAUCAUGUCUGGGCUGCUAGAUACCUUCUCGAGAGGAUCACUGAGCAAGCUGGUGUUGUCCUCACUCUUGACCCUAAACCAAUUCAGGGAGACUGGAAUGGUGCUGGAUGUCACACUAACUACAGUACAAAGAGCAUGAGAGAGGCAGGAGGAUUUGGAGUAAUCAAGAAGGCAAUCUUGAAUUUAUCACUCCGUCAUAAAGAACACAUAAGCGCUUAUGGAGAAGGAAACGAGAGGCGUUUGACAGGAAGACACGAAACUGCAGACAUCAACACCUUUUCAUGGGGAGUGGCUAAUCGUGGUUGCUCAAUUCGUGUGGGGCGUGAGACCGAGCAGCAAGGCAAAGGUUAUUUGGAAGAUCGUCGACCAGCUUCUAACAUGGACCCAUACAUUGUGACGGCUCUGCUAGCCGAAACUACUCUGUUAUGGGAGCCGACACUGGAAGCUGAAGCUCUUGCUGCCCAGAAACUGGCAUUGAAGGUCUAAAUUUGUUUAAGUCUUUCUUCUCUAUCAAAAGAUGUUUUAUGUGAAUAAGGAAAAAAGAAAGAAGAGGGUCAAUCCUGCUUGAGCUCUAGAUAGAUGGGAAUGAUUCUCUCCAGCCAAUGAGAUAGGAGGAGAUUGGAUUCUAGUUUUUUUCUUUCUUUCUUUGUUUUCUGUAUCAUCAAUCACUGUUGUUAUUUUCAUGAGAUAUUGGAUGAUAAUGUUCAAAAUAAUAUGUUCACAUUAUUAUAAAUGUCUAGGACUCCAACUUCUGAGCUCUAAGGUUUUUAGUUUGAA